AUGAUCGCGGUGGUGGCAGCUGCCGACAGUCCCUGUGAUUUCGACUCAGACCUGUGUCAGUACACACAGGACACGACAGACGACUUUGACUGGACACGUGACUCUGGCGGUACUCCUACGGGCAAGACCGGUCCAACAGCCGACCACACCACCGGCACCAGCUCAGGCACCAGUGCAAUAGGUACCCUGACGGUAUCUGUGAAAGAUGGAGGUACGACGACUCCCAUCUGGACCAGAUCUGGUAACCAAGGUGACCAGUGGUUCAGCGUCGCCGUCAGCAUUCCUGCCACCGGAAGUUACCAGGUCAUUUUUGUAGGGGUCAGAGGAAAUAAUGCCCAUGGUGACAUUGCAAUAGAUGACGUCAGCAUCCUGCAAGGAGCCUGCCCAGAUGUAGAUGAGUGUGUUCCAAGAGGAGGCAGGGGACCGUGUAGCCAGAUCUGUACCAACACUGUCGGCAGUUUCUUUUGUUCCUGUAAUGUUGGCUAUACUCUUAACCAAGACGGCCGCUCAUGUUUUGGGGUACAAUGUCCGCCAGUCCCAGCUCCAGAGCACGGUGCCGUGACUGACGGUAACUCCUAUCAGGACGUGGUCCAGUUUACCUGUGAUCCUGGAUACCAGCUGAUAGGACAUUCCAGACGGAGGUGCCGGGCUGACGGGACUUGGAGCGGAGCAAACCCGACAUGUACAACUGUACAAUGUCCGAUGCUCCGAGCUCCAGAGCACGGUACCGUGACUGGUGGUAACGCCUAUCAGGACGUGGUAGUGUAUGAAUGUAACGUUGGAUACCAGCUGAUAGGACAUUCCAGACGGACGUGCCAGGCUGACGGGACUUGGAGCGGAGCAAACCCGACAUGUACAGCUGUACAAUGUCCGAUGCUCCGAGCUCCAGAGCACGGUACCGUGACUGGUGGUAACGCCUAUCAGGACGAGGUGAUGUAUAACUGCAACCCUGGAUACCAGCUGAUAGGAGUUUCCAGCCGGACGUGCCAGGCUGACGGGACAUGGACUGUGGAGAACCCGACAUGUAUAGAUAUCACUCCAACAUCUGUCAAGACGGAAGCCAUAUCAUCCACAGAGAUUGAGCUGACGUGGUCCCUCGAUAACUAUACAGACCAGGUAAAGCAAUAUUUCGUUUCUGUACAACAACGAGGAACCACCAACGUUACCACCUUCGCUGUUGGACGAAGUGACAGUCCAUCCUUCACAGUACAGAACCUCCUCCCCUACACGUACUACGAGUUCUGGGUCGUCGCCGACAUCGGGGACUUCCAGAGUAACAGAAGUGAGAUUAUCAGUCAGAGAACACAGCCAGGAGAACCUCCAGCGCCUGAAAAGCCGGUGUUGCAGGAUCAAACAGAAGUAAGCUCCACAACUUUCCCACUAGAGGUCAAACCGACAUCUGAGAGAAAUGGACCAAUAGGAUGUUACCACGUGGUUGUGGUGAAGAGCAGUAGUACAGAUAACCUACCAGACCCGGAGAUGCUACAGCCAUACAAGACGCUAGAGGAAGCAAAGAACUCUUCGAAUGACAAUUUAGCGUACAUUGCCAUGGCUCUCACACCGGACACAGUAGGUGCCUCCACCACAGUGACGGUGGGAGAUGGAACAGUGACCAGUUGUAACCCUGAUCAGGCCGGCCGGAAGAGGCGUGCUCUGACAUCUGUUGACGUGUAUAACCAGGAGUACACCAACUCCCCGCUGGAGCCGGACUCAUCCUACACCACGUCUGUCAGGGCGUUUGGACAGGACGAUAGAGGACAGCCGUACUUCUCUGCCAGUCAGUACAUGGACCCAGUGUCAACCGCACCGAAACCACCGGAUCAAAUGCUCAUCAUCAUAAUUGCUUCUGUCUGUGGUGGUGUGGUUCUGCUUGGAAUCAUCGCCGCCGCCCUGGUGUGCUACUGCCGAAAGAAGAAGGCGACCAAGAAGGCUGACCUUUCCAAGCGAACAGGAACAGUCAACAAAGCGAUAGAAAUGGCACCAGUUGAUUACGACAACAUCAAUGACGCCAACAUCAAUGACAACAACAUUGAGGAUGCUGACAACGAUAAUGUGGACAACGAUAACGCAGUGUACGACAACGUACCGCCGGCGCCAUUAACCGACUUCAGCACGCCCAUCCCUGCGAGUCGACUGGAGGAGGUUUACGACCACAGACACAUGAACGACAACCAAGUAUUUAAUGAGGAAUAUGAGUCCAUCCCGGAGGAGGUGUCUAACUCCCAUGACGCGCACAUCCGGCCGGAGAACGGGAACAAAAACCGCUUCAAGAACAUCUUCACCUAUGACCAUUCUAGGGUGGUUCUGACUACCUUGGAGGGCCAACCAGGCUCUGACUUUAUUAAUGCCAACUACAUCGACGGCUACAACCACCCGAAUAUGUUCAUUGCUGCACAAGGCCCUUUGCCCAGUACCAUCAACGACUUCUGGAAGAUGAUUUGGGAGCAGGACACGGCAACUAUCGUCAUGGUCACCAACCUGAAGGAGAGGAACAAGUCGAAGUGUGCCCAGUACUGGCCAACUAAGGACAGCAUGGACUAUGGCAACAUCCGGGUCACUUUGGAGGAAACGACGACCCUGGUGGAUUACGUCAUCCGGACCUUCGACAUACAGAAGGACGAGGAGCCGGCCCGUACGGUGACUCAGUUCCACUUCAUCAGCUGGCCGGACUUCGGCGUGCCGCAGAGCCCCCUGGGAAUGAUGAAGUUCAUCCGGCGGGCCAAGACCAGCGACCCUCCCGGCCGGGGGCCGAUCGUCGUGCACUGCAGUGCUGGAGUCGGGCGUUCGGGAACCUUCAUCGCCAUAGAGGCCAUGCAGGAGAUGAUGGCGGCGGAGGGGAGGGUGGACGUGCACGGCUUCAUCGGGCAGAUGCGACACAACCGCCACUCCAUGGUUCAGACUGUGGAGCAGUACGAGUUUAUCUAUCGCGCCCUGCUGGAGCAGCAGCUGUACGGAGACACGGAGGUGGAGGUGGCGAACAUCCACAGGCACAUGCACAAACUCAAGGCGCCUUCUGCCAACCCCAACCAGCUGGGAUACGAGGCAGAGUUCAAGAAGCUAACCAGGAUCGCGGUUGACCAAGACAACAUGAAGUCUGCGAACAAGCAGGAGAACAAGACGAAGAACAGGCUGGUCUCCAUCGUUCCCUACGACACCUCCCGUGUGUUCCUGCCCAAAAUCACCGGGGUCAGCGGGUCCGACUAUAUCAACGCCUCCUUCAUUGACGGUUAUCGUCAGAGAGACGGGUUCAUCGCUACCCAAGGUCCGCUCCCGAACACCGUGGAAACAUUCUGGCGGAUGAUCUGGCACUGGGAGUCUUACUCUAUCGUCAUGCUGACAGAACUGGAGGAGAAUGGAAGGGAGAAAAGCGCCAAGUACUGGCCUGAGGACGGGCAGACGUACGGGAAGGUCCGGGUGGAACUGAAGAACACGGAGGAGAACGAGGGCUACACUCUCCGGACAUUUCUCGUCUCUAACACAGACAAACAGGAGUCACCACGUCGAGAGAUCCAGCAGUUCCACUUCCACGACUGGUCUGCCACCGGCGUGCCGCGUAACGCCAGCCGGGUGUUGGACCUGAUCGGGCAGGUGCAGAAACAGCAGAUGAAGUCGGGAAACGGACCGAUCACCGUGCACUGCAGUAACGGUGCAGGCCGCACGGGGGCGUUCAUCGCCCUGAACACAGUCCUGGAGCGGGUGAAAGCUGAGGGGAUUUGUGACCUGUUCCAGACCGUCAAGUCCAUGCGGUACAGCCGGCCCCACAUGGUGCAGACUGCCGAACAAUACCUGUUCUGUUACAAGGCUGUGAUGGAGUAUCUGGAUAGCUUUGACGACUACGCCAAUUUCCAGUGAUCUGCGCCAGCAACAAACUACAAAAACAGCCAUACAUGUACACAAUACUAGUGACCUAAACAUCAAGGCAACGUUUAGUUGAAGAAGCCUUUUAUUAUUAUUUCGUGGGCAGAAAUAGCUAGGAUCGUUAUUGGUCCCCACUGACACGCGCUGCUUAUUCUGAUAACUGAUAUGCAAAUGCUGCAAUAUUAUAUACAUGUAUUUAUAAGGCAAUAAUACAUAUAUGAUAUGAUAUGAUAUGAUAUGAUAUGUAAGUGGUACAAGGGUUAAGAGUUACAAGUUUGUUGACUGAGGGAAGGGUGGAGUCUGAUCCAUAAGGCCGCACCAAGUAAUUUUUAUAGAUGACGUCCUCUGGAGACCCUAAAUCUAAUGCAAGAGCGUGAAAACCUUGUUAAGCAAUAAAUUGUACCUGAUAUUGUGGUAGCCUGGCCUGGCAGGCACCCGGGCUUUUCCGUAAACCCCGUUACUUUUUCUUAAUCCUCAGAAAAUGUAUGUGACUUGAUGAAAUAAAGAUCUUGCUGAUA